AUGAACAAUUCUGGCAUAGAGGCAAUUUCCGAUAACGCUCGCAGGUUUCUGGAACAGACACAAUCGGUGUGUCACGAAUCGAAUAACAGACUGUCUUUAGUCAAGACAAGAAUUCGAGACUGGCAAAAAUAUAGGUCAAAACUGCGAUUUAUACUAGACUGCAUUGGGGAACAAUGCAGUUAUUUGGCCAACGUACUUUUAAAAAAUGGCAUUGGAAAAACGCUAAUUGAAAAACAGUGGGGCCGAAUGGUUUUGGUAGACUUGGCAGGAGAAAUGGAAUGGUGGCAGAGAGACAUUCAGAAAAUGAUAAAAAGGCUUGAUAGUGUGCAAAAUAUCUUAGAGAAACAACGAAAAUCAACGCUAGGUGAUUUCAUCUCGCGGGACAAUUCCCAUAUGUUGGACAUGAAACUUGACGAACUUCCGGUGAUUAGGAAACAGGUCGAGAACAUUUCUAGACAAUACCAGCAAACGCUAGGCAAAGUUCAAACCCAAUUGAUAGGUAUCAGACUGAAGAAACUGGAAGAAGAAUUUGACUCUCGGUUCGGAGAUCAGUGCGAAGCGAACUUGAAGUUGGACGACCAAUUCACGGUGGAAGCCGACCAAUUGGAACACGAGCUUGCCGACUUUCUCAAGUCGUUUACUGAUCAUUUUGAUAAAUGCAGCAUGUUGAUGUCAGGAACAUUGACACCUAGUGGGAGCAAGUCACUUUACGAAAUCGUCGAGCGCGACGACAAAGAGCUUCCUGCCAUCGAUACCGCACUACACGAGGCGGCAAAAGAUGUGUCCGACUUUGCCAAAGAGGUCAACGCUCUUUUGGACGCCAAAGAGGGGGAAAAAAGCCAUAUGGAAGCUUCGCUUGUUAAAAUUCUUGCGGACCUGCAAAAACAUGAGGAAUACAUCCUAGUUUUUGAGGGUAUCUCUAAGCUGAUUGAGAGAUUCAGGAACUCCUGUUUGGAAGGUAUCCAUCAAAGUAAAGAGCUCUUGAGCUUCUACGUUAACUUUGAAAAUAGCUAUCACAAACUGCUAUCGGAAGUGGAACGACGGCAAGAAACCGCGACUAAGAUGUCACAAAUUCUAGAAAACUGCGAAGCUCAACUUAAAAAGUUGGAUGCGGCAGACAUACGACAGCGACAAGUGUUUUUGCUGGAAAACGGUGACUUUCUUCCCGAAACCAUCUGGCCCAACGAAAUUGGAAAUCUUUCCUCGCUUUACACACUCGAUUACAGUGUUAGAGACGUUUGA